AUGCCGCGAUCUUUCUUAAUAAAAAAGCAUCAAAGCACCAAGAAAACAAACUGUGGAAGGCUGAAGUCAAAGACUGAGGCCACCCCACCAGGUGACAGCAGCCGGGAGAGCUUUGAAUGUUUAGAGUAUCAUAAAGAGUACUUGAGCUUCUCGGGAAUGGCCAUGCACAAGCAGCGUCAGUGUGCCUGGAGCAGUAAGAAGUUCUUCAGCUGUAAGUACUGUGAGAAAGAGUAUAUCAGCCUGGGAGCACUCAAGAUGCACAUCAGAACACACACACUGCCAUGUGUGUGUAAACUCUGUGGGAAAGCAUUCUCUAGACCCUGGCUGCUUCAGGGUCACAUACGGACACACACAGGAGAGAAACCGUUCUCGUGCCUCCACUGCAGCCGAGCUUUUGCCGACAGAUCCAACCUGCGAGCUCACCUCCAAACCCACUCUGAAGUGAAAAAGUACCAGUGUGCAAGCUGCUUCAAGACCUUCUCCAGGAUUUCACUGCUAUGCAAACAUCAAGAGACACUCUGUCCCCUCGUGUGAUAGCCUGCAAACUUAAACCUGCUCCAAGAAACACUCGAGGAGAGGCUCACUGCUGCUUGUUGGGGCACUCUGCAAAGAUCUGGUUUGUGGAUCACAAAGCUAAAUUGCCUGAGUGGUGGAAGAGGCUGUGUCA